CUAGUAAUGCCUUUCCACCUGAUCUCCACCGAAUUUAGUUGUUCGUUUGCAUCAUUGACAUUCUCUUCUCCCAACUUUCCGUAGCGUUGGAUUUGCAUCAUGGCUACUUUUUACCAGAGACCUCCACCAAAGGUCCCACCUCAGAAACUUGUAGAGCGAUGGGAGCAGGGGGUUACCGACCCUGCCAGCCUCACCUUCGAUGAGCACCAACAUCUUCUAAAUCGGUACCCGUACGGAAGAUGUGAUGACUUCUGCAAGGCACAUACUGGAUUGACGAUCGAUGAACUUGUUCAAAACGCUGCCAGAACAGACGAUUUAAGCCGCCUCGAAACGAACAUUAUCUUUUUCGGCCCAGAUCAUGAAUGAGACGAUCGUGACCCUAGCAUGAUAGAUGCAAGGGAUGUGAUUCGUUGGCCGGAAAACAUACGACGCACAUAAAGGCCCAGGCAAAUGCAGAUAAAUCCUAUCAUAGGCGUAUUGAGUUGGACCGAGUGGCCCGGGAAAGACUCUCGGUAUAUGAUCUCAACAAAUAUCAGGAUAUCUAACAGGCUUCCCGGGGCGCCUCGUAUGUGUAAUCAGACCCAACAGCAUUGGGUCUUUCUUUGUAUCUGAGCAUCAUUUCACGACGAUUCCGCCUGGCGCCAUUUCCAACAUCAGCUUGGAAGGGCCAUUGACCUGGGCCUCACCUUCGUCCGAAAUCCCAAGGACGGAUUUUGGACUCCAGGCAGUUUGAAGCAACGAUGGAAGAUUCAGUGGGUUGAGGACCCAGUGAAUGAGAACGCGGCACUUAGGAAUAUCUGCGAGUAUGCCCGGCUCUAGCUCCAUAUGUCAUGACUGUCUAAUGUCUCUAGCUAUUUCCGGAAUCUUCGUGAUGAAGGUAAGAUAGAACCAGGACUCCGGCAGGAUGCCUUUCUCUAUGUUGAUUCCGCUGCCAUCUAAUCCUCUCUCGAUCACUGUCCCCUCCCCGAAAGAGGCUAUGUUCUCGCUGCAGGUGCUUCCCAUGACGCUACAAAACUGCCGACCUACCUGCAUGGCUUCAAGGGUUCAGUCCGUGUUGCCCUUACGGGAGCUUUUACUACCUUUUACGCUCGCUUGAUACCAAGAGGCAGUCCGAAGGAUAACCCGGCAGUGGAGCACGAUUUACGCCAGAGUUGGGAAGUCAUUUAUAAACGGGCCAAAUUUGAUGAGAAGUAGAAUGCGUACCCUCCUAUAUCAGGUUUAAAC